AUGCCUGUGCAAGGCAAGCGCUUGGACGGUAGUCCGUUUGAGGUGCUUGGCCUCACUGAUCGCAUUGAUAGCGCAGACGCUUACGAAUUCCACGUCCCAUUCCAUUCUAGAGCUCUACAGGAGCGACAAGCUCCUCGGGACUUUGAUCAGUUAUGGCACGAUGAUCGGACCGUGAGAGGAGCUUUUGCUAAAGAGAGGGAUGCAGAGGUUUUCAUGUCGAGGUGGCUCCUCUUCGAAGACGACCAGAAAGAUGAUGAGGAGUGGGGACCCAUACGACUGCUUGGGAAAGGUGGAUACGGCAUGGUCGGCUUAUGGCAGAAACGGAACGACAAGAACCAAAUCAUUGACGAAGUCGUGUGCAAGGAAACCGAAUACCUUGAAAACAAAACUCGCGUCGACGAAAUCGAGGUCGAUCCUAGGGCGUACCCCAGAAUCCUGACAGAAGCCGCCAUCCACUCCGACAUCAAUGCUAGGCACCCAGGUGUCUCUCCACAUUUGCGGAAAUACAAGUUCAUAAGCCACGCGACACGCGGCCAGAAGGGCCGAUAUCGAUUCUAUCUGGAGUACUGUCCCUACGGGAAUCUGCAUCACCUGGGCCGCCUAUAUCGGUGCUGGAAUACCUAUCUGCCGGAGGUUUUCAUCUGGCAUGUCUUCUAUUCCCUAGCCAAAGCGUGCGAAGCGCUUCGGAACACUCCUCCAUUGAACAGCAAGGCCAUCAAAGAAGAGUACUUUGAGAAUUUGGUCCACGAUGAGCUAUUCUGCCUUCACCUGGAUUGGAAACCAGAAAAUAUUCUCCUCGGUUAUCCACACGAGGGCGAAGAGUAUCCAUCCGCUUUACUAAAUGACUACGGCAUAUCUAUGUACACGACAAGCAAAGAGGGUCAACGACAGUUGAAUCCUGGCUUGAUCUGGUGGCGUGGCACCCACACUCACAAGACACCGGAACAAAUCCACUUUGGCGUCAACUGGGAGAUCCCGCCGGACGGCGGCUGGAUCAGGUCCCAAGACGACCAAAAUCGGGAACUCCCAUGGAAAAGGGCCGCAGCCUUACGUGAAGUAGAAAACACACAGCCGAACGCUGACGUGUUGUUUGAUCACUCAAUGAAUAUCUACGGCGUUGGACACACAAUGUUCGACAUUGUGACACUCGCCGCCAGCGCAAAACAUCUCGGCCGAAUCCGCGCCAAGUCCCUCAAACGAUUCCAGCAGAACGGCAACCAUCAGAUCUCGAGCGUCUACACCAAGAAACCGGGCGUCUACAGCAGCCGUCUCCGCCAUCUGAUCCACCGCUGUUUGGACCCCGAUCCGGCAAACCGCCCCACGCAGUUAGAGCUCAUGGACGAGACGCGCCGGGGACUCCGCCUGGCGAUCAAGCGCGCCAAAAGAGACAGAAAGUUUCCGGCAAAGGUGUGCUUUCGCGCGGACGAAAUCAACGACAUGCCCCUCGGGGACGCCGGCUUCCAGCCGUUGAGGAAAGAGUUGAAAAAUCUGAUUGAGAGCCAGUUUGUCGACCCCGACGCCCCGAAGCUGAAACUACCCGCGCAAAAGUAUGGUGUGUUUCCCGACGCCUGGUUCAACCCAAGCUGGAAGGCGAUGUAUAGUCAACGGAAUCCGCACGAUCGGUGGUUCAACGGGCUUCACGGCAACGGAAAUGCCUCGUCGUUGUCUUCACAUGAGGCCAAUGUCGAUAGUGAUAGUGACCACGACGAUGACGACGAUGGGGACACUGGUGACAAUGGAAAUGGCGGCAGAAGGGCUACCCAAGACGCGCGUAGCAAUGCGCCUAGCCCUGAAGUCCCUAACUCUCAGAAUCAGACCCCCCUAUUACCGCCGCCGGAGCAGCAGCCGCAGCAGUCAACGAACCGGCCGCAGACACCACAGACGUCCAUUUUACGCAGUGAUGGACGCAAUGUAGCCGGGCAAUAUGUCGCGCCGAAGUCCCCCCCUGGAAAGCGAGUCAGGUUCGCCCUCCGAAAUGGAAAUUUGGACGAGGCUAGAAGCACAGGGGAAGAAGACGGCAAUGUGUGA